UAACACGACAACUUUGAGAAAGUUGGCCCAGAGUUCAAACCUUUUCUUUUUAGCUCCGUGUGUUUCUUAGCUCCAUAAAAACCUUCAUUGUAUUUCACAAUCAUAUCUCAAACCUUUUCUUUUAGCUCUGAACUAAAUGGCCGAUUCAACCCCUCUUCUCUCCGAACCAAACUCGGCUGAGCCAGAACCCCCUGUGCUCUACAAACACCUCCCAUCCCUCGACUCCGUGAUCGAGCGGUGCAUCGGAGAUUUUGGAUGGGCCCAAUUUCUCCAAGCCACCCUUGUAGCAUUCUCAUGGUUCUUUGAUGCCCAACAAACAUUCAUCGCUGUCUUCACCGACUCUGUGCCAACAUGGCACUGCACCCACCUCACUGACCUACCCAACUCAUGCAACUCAGCCUCCAACAUUUGUCAACUUCCUCAAAACGCAUGGGCCUGGGACAGGGCCAAACACACUUCCAUCAUCUCCGAAUGGGGCCUCGAGUGCUCGUCGUCACUCAUCACGGGACUGCCGGCCUCAGCCUUCUUCAUAGGCUGUUUAAUUGGCGGGCUGACCCUGGCCUCACUUGCUGACACCUCACUAGGUCGCAAAAACAUGCUAUUUCUCUCAUGUCUCCUGAUGUCUUUAUCCACCUUCCUCACCGCCUUUUCCACCAACAUAUGGAUGUACUCCGUCCUCCGAUUCAUCACCGGGUUUGCCCGUGCCACCAUCGGUACUUCCGCCCUUGUCUUAUCGACAGAGCUCGUCGGAAAGCGGUGGCGGGGACAGGUUGGUGUUAUUGGAUUCUUCUGCUUCACUCUAGGGUUUCUCUCCCUCCCAAUUAUAGCAUACGCUCAUAGAGCUCACUCAUGGAGAACACUCUAUUUUUGGACCUCAAUCCCCACAUUAUUGUACUCGAUAACGGUUCAUUUUUUGGUUCGUGAGUCACCAAGAUGGCUCUUUGUGCGAGGUCUAAAAGAAGACGCAAUUGAAACCCUAAAAUGCAUUGCACCCGUCAAUAGUACUACAACCAAAACAGCACUUACCUCGAGCUUUAUUUCGAGAUUAUCCUUCGAGCAUGAAACAGGGAACGUCGAUCUCUACUCUGCAAUCAACGCUUUGGUGAAGCGAAAAUGGGCUUUUCGGAGAUUGUCCGCGGUUAUGGCGAUCGGCUGUGGUAUCGGAAUGGUGUAUUAUGGCAUGCCAUUAGCUUUGGGAAGCUUGAAAAUCGAUCUCUACUUAGGCGUCACGCUCAACGCCUUGUCCGAAUUGCCAGCUUCAUUAAUUGCGUUCUUUUUCAUCGACAAAAUGAACAGAAAAACCUCAAUCUUGGUUUACACUGUUCUUAGUGGGUUCUGUAGCAUCAUGUCCGUGUUAAAAGGUAUCCAUCCGAUAUGGACAGGGUUGCAAAUAGGGUUCGAGCUGGUGUCUUUUUUCAGCGCAUGCUUGGCUUUCAAUGUGUUGCUUCUAUUUACAAUUGAGCUAUUUCCCACUUGCGUGAGGAACUCGGCUCUUUCGAUGGUGAGGCAGGCGGUGGUGGUAGGAGGCGUUUUUAGUCCCAUGCUGGCGGCCGCGGGGAGAGACAACGGUGGGUUUUUGUCGUAUGGAGUGUUUGGGGUUGUGGUUGGGGUUUGUGGGUGGUUUGUGGUUUGUUUGCCAGAGACAAGAGGGAGAGGAAUUUGUGAUACGAUGGAUGAAGAAGAGUACAAAGAGACAGCUGCUUGUAAUGCGGUUGAUGAUCAUGCCUAGAUUGAUUUCCCAACUUGUUAAUUAGCUCUUUGUCUUGUAAGGCUUGUCUCUUAAAAUAUCUAAGGUUUGCGUUUUUGAGUGGUGGAUGACAUGUAGAGGUAGAGUUUGGUUUGAAUUGUCUUUGUAAAUUAUCUUAUUAGGUUUCAAAUAAUGUAAAUUUAAGAAAAAAAUAUAAUUCUCAUGCAAAUUUAAUUGUGAAAAUUAGAUUGUCAUCCUUGAAUAUGA